CACCUUGGCGUGCUCAGUGCUCAACAAAAUGGCGUCGGUUGAAACUCGUGUUGAAUAGACAAAACGCGAUUGAUCUCGCUGUAGCAUGGGACGAAGACGAUCAAAACGUAAACCAGCGCCGACGAAACGAAAAGAUCCUCUGGACGUGCAGUUCAAUUGCCCGUUCUGUAACCACGAGAAAUCAUGCGAAGUAAAACUUGACAGAGUGAAGAAUAUGGGUUACAUAUCAUGCCGUGUAUGCCUAGAAACGUAUCAGAGUUCAAUCACAUAUUUGUCAGAACCUGUUGAUGUCUACAGUGAUUGGAUCGAUGCUUGUGAGUUAGCCAAUCAGUGAAGAGGAGAAGUUCCAUAACACUGAUCUGUAUGUAGACUAAUGCUAUAACAAGUGUAUAACCCAGGAUAUCUAGUGUAGGCCAGGCCAUUGCCAUUAUCAUGUAAAUAAAUCUUCAUAUGAACAUA